GAAGAUUUUCCCGCGUGCCAGUGCGGCUUACGUGUUGGUAUAAAGUUAUGAUAUAGUACGAAGUGACUUUAUAAGAUACAACAUGGCAUCGUAUCGGACAUACGUUUUAAUUGUUAUCAUACCACUGGUCCACGCGUUGACGGCGCAAGAAGUUGUGAAGAGGGUGCCUCAUGGAUUCUUCGGUAUGCGAGGCAAGAAAUACAUGGACGCCCGAGACUCAGAGAUGUUUAAACGACGACCGAAUUUCUUUGUCGGCGUUAAGGGAAAACGGGGCUUUGAGUAUCCAGACUUUUGGCAAUACAAAAGGGCACCCAUGGGUUUUGUUGGAAUGCGAGGAAAAAAGGAGGUCGAAUACGACAUUGAACAUCUAACACAAGACGAAGAAGUGAACGAAGCGAUAAACGAUUAUUUACAAAGACUGCAGAUUCAAGAUAACGACUCAAGUGAGGUGGACAAGCGUGCCUUUUACGGAGUUCGAGGAAAACGAUUCAUGCAAAAGAGAGAGAAUAGACCUCGUGGCUUUAUUGGUGUGCGCGGGAAGAAAGACGUGAAAUAUGCUGGCCCCAAGGAGAUUAAGUUUUUGCUGGACAGCCCUUGGCCGAAGAGAAAGGCUCAGACUGGCUUUUUGGGAAUGCGCGGCAAGAAAUGGCUUAAUGACGACUCCCAAGGCGAGCUGGUACCGAACUAAGUUAAUGGACUAGAAAUAUUAUCACAUAUCCUACUUUUAAGCUACGCUCUUGCCAAUUAUUAUAAUAGGCUUAUUUUAGCGUUGACAAAUUGGACUUCUAGUGUACAAUGUACUUUAUUUCUUACUUAUUUAUAAGAAAAAUAUUGAAUUGUUAAUUAACAUCAAUGACUUGUAUUUUACUAGAAAAUAAUGGCGCUCUCUUUACAGAUAAUUCUCUACAAAAUGUUGUAGAAAACCAUUUGUAAACUUGAUUGCAAAUUUUAAUACUACAUAAGAUUUUUAGUACUUAUAUAAAAAAUUUCGACUAUUGUAAAAAAAAUGUAGUUAUUUUGUAGAAAUUAUGCUUUCCUGAUAAAAUAAAUUCCUUUCAAUACUAAAUGUAUUACUACGUUAUGAUUUGUCAGUGUAAAGGUAUUUUUCUCAUAUUUUCUCGCGUAUAUGUUACAUUAUGUUAUGGAUACAUUUUGCAAAGGCUGGCAAAAUGGUAAUUGUAAUCACUUGAAAUAAAUGCAGUUGUCAAUUUCAA